UUGAUGGAGAGAAGUAGAGGAGAAAGACAGAAACAUGGUGUAGAUGUAGCAAAGAGUGGAAACAAUUAUUUCAACUCUCAAUAUUUCAUUCGCGCAUCUCUCCUCAUUUCUACUUUGUUCAAUUUUAUUUUCUCAUAGCACGGCGGUUUCGCCGCUUUACGGUCCGAGUCGUGUAUCCUUGACAACGCGAACAACUGUCCUGCGAAGUUUGUAUCAAGUGUUGCAGCUUCAGCCGGAAAAUAAACAGGAUAUUUAACCGUUCAACGAACUGGACCGACUCGAGGGGUUUCAAACCAAGCGUUUAGGGAAACGGGAUAGCGCGAGACAAUAGUGGUGCGAGAGAGAGGGAGCUCGUGUAGGGGGGGAUCGAUGCCUCGCGGGGGCUUUGUUCUGUCCUGCGUGGAGACUUACCGCGAGCCCAGCGCGGAUAUCGACUGAUUGACCAGUGGAUUAAUGAUCGGUUGGUAACUGAUAAGGGGACCGUGAAGCCUCCGCAGCAAAACCAUGGACGUGACUCUGUCCGAGUUACUGGCCGCUUUCAUGGAGUCACCGCUGGUGGUGUGGGUGCGGACUCUGGGCCCAUUGGGUUCGUGUGGCGAUUCGGGCUCAGAGGAACGGGUCAACAUGUUCAUGGAGCUGGUGGAUGGCGUCUUCCUGCACAAGAUCAUGACUCACAUUGACCCCAGUCCCACUAAUCAGAGGCUGAACAAGAAUGUGAACAAUGAUGUGGCGCUACGCCUUCACAACUUGACCGUUCUCACCAGGCACAUCAGGACGUACUACCAGGAGACCUUACAGCAGUUGAUAGUCAUGCCCCUUCCCAACAUCCUCUGCAUUGCCAAGGAUCCAUUGUCAGCCAAGAGCAUGGAAGAGCUGAAGAGACUGUUGUUGCUGAUACUAGGCUGUGCUGUACAGUGUGAGCGUAAGGAGGAGAUGAUAGAGAAGAUCAAGCUGCUGGACAUUGAUACCCAAGCUGCCAUUGUCUCUCACAUCCAGGAGGUGACCCACAACCCAUUGAAUGUUCUUGACCUGUCCUGGCUGGAUGAAGGCACUGAGGUCACACAUGAAGUGCUGGAACCUCUGUCCCGUAACAUGGCUGUGUCCCUACAGCAACUCAUUGACCAGCGAGACAAAGCCAGUGAGGUGAUUGUGGACCUCACCCAGGAGAGAGACUAUUUAACCAGUCAGCAGCCCCAGGAAGGAUGCAGGAAUCUGGAGAUGAGCAGCCCAGAGCGCGGUGCUGGAGGUGUGGGAAUGAGUAACGGUGGAUUUGCUGCAGUUUUGCCUGCGCUGUCCAAAGAGGAAAAGCAGCAUCUGUCUGUGGAGCUUGCUGAUACCAAGGCCAAGCUCCGCAGAUACAGACAAGAACUGGAGGAGAAGACAGAGCAGCUGAUGGAUUCAAAACAUGAAGUGGAGCGUCUGGAUCAGGAGUUACAGCGAAUGAAGCAGGAGAACCAGUCACUGUCUUGUGAGGCUCGCUCUGCGCGAGUGUACCGGGAUGAGGUGGACUCAUUGAGGGAAAGAGCAGCUCGGGUCGACAGGCUGGAGACGGAACUGACCCGAUGUAAAGAGAAACUCAAUGAUGUGCACUUCUACAAAACCAGAGUGGAGGAGCUUCGUGAAGACAACCUGACGUUACUGGAGACAAAAGUGUUGUUGGAGGAGCAGCUGUCAGCAUCCAGGGGACGCUGUGAUAAGCUGCACACACUGGAGAAAGACAAUCUGUUACUACGAGCUAAAAUACAUGACCUGGAAAUGGAGAGGGACAAUGAACGUCGCAGGCUGGAGGAGCUGGUUGAGGAGAACAUGCUCCUGGAGAUUGGACAGAAACAGAGCAUGAACGAGUCAGCUCAUCUGGGCUGGGAGCUGGAACAGCUUACCAAAAACAACGAAAACACUAACACAGAGACUCGUAAGUCAUUGGUCCAUGAGUUGAAUGAGUGUGUUUCAAGCCGGGUAUUGAAGCUGGAGAAGGAGAACCGGGAGCUGCAGUCUUCUGUAGACAAACUGAAAGAAGAGAACCUCCUCCUGCAGGAGCACCAGCUCCACACCCAGGAGGUGGAUAGAGAGAACCAGAGUCUCAGCAUCAAGUUGGAGCGUCUUCAGGGAUUGUUGGACCAGGAGAGACUGACCAAUCAGGACAUGGAGUCUUUGGGAGAGGAAAUACUGAAGGAAAAACAGAGUCUGGAGAGAGAAAUGCACGUUCUGAGGGCAGAGAAGGAUCGACAGAUUUCAGAAUUGGAGAGUGAAAAACAGCAUCUUUCUCAAGCAGUGGUGUCCCUCCAGGAGCGUGCACAGUCUAACAGCGAGGCAAGAGUCCGUGAGGUAGAGGCAAAGAAUCGCUUACUGCAGCAGAGCAUCACCGAUACCAGCUCCAGACUGGCCAGCUUAGAAACUCAACUCAAAGUAACCAGUGAGGAAGCAGACAGGCUGAGGGAGAGAGCUGCAAGGUGUGAGGAGGCAGAGAGGGAGGCGGCUAAACUGGAAAGAAGCAGGGACGCUCUGAACAGAGAAGUGGCCUCUCUGCGUGCCUGCAGCGAACAGUCAGAGAUACUAGAGAAGCAAGUGUCCUCCUUGGAACAGGAGGUGCACAGGCUGAAGCGAGAGGCAGAUGAGGCUCAGCGGGAGCUGCACCGACUGGGGAAGUAUGAGGCAGACAACAGUUUGCUGUCAAAGGAAAACCUGGACCUCCGUUGCUCCAUGGAAAACCUUCGCUCCUCAUCUGCCCGCCUGGGCCCCCUGCAAGAGGAGCUCAAUGAGGCACAGAGAGAGACACAAGAGCUACGGAGAAGUUUAGAAGAGGCCAGGGAGGAGAUUCAGGGAGAGAAGAAAAGAGCAGAGAGGCUGGAGCUGAACUUGGUAACUCUGAACCAGGAGAAGCAUCGCUUAGAGGAGAACAUGGAGAAGAGCAAAGAGGAGACGGCACAGGUAGAGAGGAAAAGGCAAGAGACACAAACUCGAGAGGAGGAACUGAGAAGGGAAUUGGAGGAACUGAAGGAGGAGCGGAGGAGGAGGGAGGAAGGUGACGAGGAGAGGAAGAAGCUCCAGCUGGACCUGGAGCAGUCAGAGAAGGGCAGGAAGCACCUGGAGAAGGAGAGCUGGAGGAUCAGAACUUUGCUGGAAGGGAAAGAGACAGAGUUAGAGGAGAAGGUCGAGCAACUGACUACCCUGAAAAAGGAAAGUGCAACUCUGAGUAAGGAAGUGGACAGGCUGAAGGAGAUGACAGUCAAAGCCAAGGAGUCAGAGCGGGAGAACAAAGAGCUUCAAAAACAAGCAACUAUUGACAAGAGGACUUUGGCUACACUGAGAGAGGAGCUGGUGUCAGAGAAGCUAAGUGUUCAGCAAAAAAAUGUUGAAUUAGAGAGACUAAAUGAAGAACUGGAGAAGAUUGGUCUGAACAGAGAAAAACUGCUGCAGCAAGAACACACGCUGGAGGACAGCAGGUACAGGCUGCUGGAGUCUCGGCUCGAAGAAACUGUCAAACAGACAAUGAAGAUUAAAGAAGAGAAAAUCUCAAGUCUGGAAAAGAAACUGGAAGAGAGCAACAUACUCAACGCUACUCUUCGUACUGAGCUAGCCACUCUUCAGGCUCAUCAGACUGUGUCCGCUAUACGUCAGCAACAGAAGGAGGAAAACAACCACAACUUCCAGCAGCACUCAAAGAGCGAACGGGAUGCUACAGCUGAACUACUUCGAAUCAAAGAUCAUCUGAUUGACGUAGAAAAGAAUAAUUCCUCCCUGCAGACGGAGAGCAGUCUCUUGAAGGAGCAACUAAAACAGCUGGAGAACCAGAACACCUCUCUCAACAACCAGAUGGUGACGCUACAACGACACACCAGCACCCUGCAAGAACAGAAUUCAGCCUUACACACACAGACGGCAAAACUACAGGUGGAAAACUCCACACUCUCUUCCCAGAGUGCAUCUCUGAUGGCCCAAAAUGCAGUGCUGCAGGGCCAAGUCACAGCUCUGGAGACCGAGGUAGAGUCGUGGCAGCGGCAGCGUGAGGAGGCAUGGCGGGGCAGGGAAAAUGUGCUCAGCGAUCAUGAACGCCUAUUGAGCGUUCAUGAGAGGCAAGCACAUGAGUAUGAGCAGCUGAUCAGUCAGCAUGCUGCACUGAAAGGCAAGCAGAGGGCGCUAGAGAAUGAACACAGGACGCUGCACAGCAAGUAUUGUGUGUUGCUGCAGCAGAAGGAGAAAUGGGAUGAGCAGGAGGGGCGUGGUCAGAAAGAAAAGGAAGAGCUAAACCUAGAGGUCCAGAAGAAUCGGCUACUACAGCAAGAGAAUCUACAGCUAAAAGCAGAACUGGACAGACUGACAGAGUGUCAAGGACAACAAAUGGGACAAAAUGAGGGGCUCCAGCAGCGUAUAAUUGACAUCAAAAGUUCUUUGAGCACUGCCCAGCAGGAAGUGACCCGAUGGACGGCACAGUACGAUUCACUAAUGGAGAAACACCAGAGCCUGGAUCUUAGCAUGACCAAGCUAGAUAACCACUGUGAGCUGUUGAGUCGACUGAAAGGUAACCUGGAAGAGGAGAACCACCAUCUCCUGAGUCAGAUCAACCUGCUGAGUCAGCAGAACCACUCUCUGCUAGAGAGGAGCAUGGAAAGCAAAGAGCUGUAUCACCAGGAACAGAAGCUAUACAUCGAUAAGCUGAAUGCUCUUCGUCGCCAAAAAGAGAAACUGGAGGAAAAGAUCAUGGACCAGUACAAGUUCUAUGACCCCACACCUAAAAAGAGGAGUCAGUGGGCAGGAGCCAAGGCUUUAGCUAAACUAAUUAAACCCAGAAAAGAGAGCAGCAGGGAGAGAGGGAGCGACCAAGACAAGGAAGUGAGCAAAGAGAGGGAGCGAGUGAAGAGUGCUCCAGACAUCCCCCUACCUGCGACACCCUCUCUCCUCCCCCCGGAGACCCCGCCCCCUGUUCCCCGACAUACUGGAAGCGACUUGCAUGAUGGCAGCCAUACACACAGUAACCAUAACAACCACACCACCAGCCCCAGCCUGGGACCCCAGAGUCCAGCACUGACACCCAUCAGCCGAGGGUUGACUGACAGAGGCCGGGGCGUGUAUUGUAGCAGCACUCCAGGAGGCAGCAAUGAAAGUGUCAAUGGAGAAGAUGCACAUGGACAAGGUCAGAUUCUUAAGACCCAUCUAAGCUCCACUCCAAGUCAUCAGUCACCCUCGUUGGCCCUAAGUAACAACAACAAUUCCAGACUGGGACAAGGUCCAAGUCGCAGGCCCAGAGGAUCGUUAUAUGAUGAAGAUUCUCGCCACAACACCUCUGACUCCAUGUUUGGUCUCCAUGGGAACACGGGAGGUCGCCCAGGGUCGGCAGACUACAGCCACAAUACUUCCAGCUCCAACUCACCUGUCAGCUGCAGAGACACAUCAGAUCGACAAAUGCGUUCCGCCAGCCUCUCUAGUGAUGAUGUCAUGGGUCUAACCCAAUCACAGCCAACUCUGUCACGUAGUUCCACCCUUCCAUAUGACCAUCUACCCCAGAGGGCUCAACCACAGCGUGGAGGAGGAAUAAGGAGUAAAACCCGCCCAUCUUCUCCUGGAAGUGAAAUGGUAACGCUGGAAGAGUUUCUACAUGAGAGCAACAUAAAAUCACCUCCUGUGGUGUCAACAGGAAGCAGGGAGGACUUGAUGACUGACUACUUCACCAGAAGCCCUGCUCCCCCAACUCCUGCUGGCAGAGACCAGGUGACACCCACCAGCUAUGUCACACCCACUGUGCAGUCAUCCAGCCAAAGGCCAGGCCAGAGCGUGAAGCCUUCACCCCGCCAGCCUGUUGGCCAGUCGCCGGCCUCGAGCCAGCCGGUCACCCAGAGAACCAAACAGUCACUGAGCAGGGCCUUCAGCUUGGCCUCGGCUGAUCUGCUGCGCUCUAACGGACCAGACAGUUUCCGUGGAAGUGACGGAUCCCCUGGCCAAGCGGAUGCAGUGGUCCGUCGUCAAGGGGGAGGGACUAAUGGGAGAGAGCGACCACUGUCUGCUCGUUUCGCUGGUCCGUGUAAUGAUCAUGCAGACGGCAGCUUCCUAAACCCAACCAUUCACCACUCGUCCUCUCUCAGCCUGCAGACAGAGAGGUGCGCUGAGAGAGAACGAGACAGAGGGAGGACGGCCAUCUCUCGAAAUGGCCCUCCUUCGUCCUCCUCCCACCAUCGUGGAGAGGUCGCCAUGGUAACCCCUGUCAGGGCUGUGCCUGCCACACGGCCAGAUGAAGCCUCUGAUCAUGUGGAGGCCCUCAGGGACGGGCGGUCAGGAGACUCUUCCCAAACGAAGAAAGAAAGUGAGAGAGCGAGGUGUGGUUCUGUUGAACGCCCUAAAAGCACGCCAGCCUCUCCUGACCCCAACAACGACCCCCAGACUGUGUGGUAUGAGUAUGGCUGUGUCUAAACAGUGCAGCUAACCGAUGUCUAUGAUUGUGGCGGGGUCUAAAGACAAGAACCAGAUACUCUGCUGGGUCAGACUUUUAGUGCUUUGUGUCCUCAGACACAAGUAAUCAGCUUUUGGUCUAAGCUCAUUGUAUUGUGGAUAAACUUUUGGAAGUGUUUGGUUACGCUUUGUUUCAGUACAGCAUUGGCCACUGGAAGUCUGUGGCUUAGCUUUGUCUAAAUCUUGGAAAGCAAUACCACUUUUAAAAACAUCUCUGGAGUAAAGGCCUCGGUUAAGUUUUGUACAUGAACAACCAAGCAAGGAUUUCAUAACACCAUCUGCCAAGAUAGACUGAUUGACUUAGUCUAUCAGGAAGCUUCGUAAGCUAAGAAGCUGCUGAGAUUUCAGCUGCACGUAGUCAAUCACAUUUCACCUCAUCUGCUGGAUCUGUGGAGUCAAUAACCUCUCAUCAUUGAGCUUCACAAGCUGAAUCUCUGAGGUGGAUGCACUAUAGAUUUGACUUCAGUCAACUGAUGGUCUUUUACUGGCUUAAACCUGAACACCACAACACUAUAGAUGGCCUCUGAGGAUGCUGGGAUUUGGUCUCUGUUUUGUUACUGGGAAUCAGCAAUUCCUCUUGGUCAAAUUAGCCACCAAAAGAUCCUUUUUAAACUGUGCACGUGAUUGUAAUGUGUUGUUUUUACCAGAAGAUGAUCCAGAUUUAUAAAAAAAUAAAUAAAUAAAUAAGAGUGCACCUUGUGCAAAGAUGAAGGUGGAAGCUGCAAUAUCUGAGAUCUGAGAAUCCAUAACACUUAAAGCCUGAAGGGACAGGCAGCGAGGAGAAGUGCGUAGUCGUGGACCUGAACACUAAGAGCAGGAGGGUCUAUGAGCUGGAAUUCUUUCACUGCUUACAUACUGAUCUUGCAAAUGUUUACCUGGAUUCUACCAAGCCUGCAGCACUGUACACCAGCAACUGAACAAUUUAUUUGAAUGAAAGGGAGAAAGCGACUGAAUGUAUCAGAUUCUCUACCUUUUAUUCCUGCGCUUCUCUGAUACCUUGAACAAACACUGGAAAUGAAGAAAUGGAGGGAUACCAGGAAAGAGGUAGACGGACUCGAGAGAAUGGCGGACAGAGAAAGCGACAGAUAUAGAGACAGAUGGAGUGACCCGAGGAUGGAUAGAUAAACAGGACAGAGAUGGAGGGGCUCCUCCCAGUUAAAUUACAGUCUUUUUCCCUCCAUCUUUAGAUUCUGUCCCAGCAUGCAACACUCUGACACUUUACUGGAAAUGUUGCUCGACCCAAGCCAACACUAGUCCCACAAACACACACACAUACUUAUACAAAGACACACACACACACACAUGCAUUGUCCUUGAGGGGGUUGGUUGUGGCUUCGCUAACCAGUGAGCUGGACGUAAUUCACACACACAUGCACACACUCACCACUGGGAAACCGCUGUGUUUUGGUAGGGCAUACUUCUGCACGCUAAGUCAGCCAGACAGUUGUACAACAGGGAGAGAGAGGGAGAGUCCUGCUCAGAUUUGCAUAUAAGCAGCAAAUGUUGAGAGCUUAAUGGUAAAUAAAAGCACCACUUGGUAAACAUACCCAUUAAGUAAGAACAACUAAAAUCCUCCAAGUGUCUCCGGUGACUCUCUUGACAGUGGUGCACGUUAAACAGCAGGGAUAGGUGAAAAUCUUUCAGUUUGCAGGAAAAUAUAAACUUUUCAAGCAAAAAAAAAAAAAAAUAAUAAUAAUAAUUAAUUGUGACCAUUUGCUACUUUUCUUUUUGGUUCUAGCUAUGAACCAUGUUUCUUUGGGUUUAAGACUGGAGGAAAGGAAUUAAGAGUGGUCCUUUUUAUCAUUGAUAAUUCAAUCAUUUGACAGCUGAUAUUGGAGCUCUAACGUUAAGCUAUGCAAAGGAACAUAGCAUUCACCCAAGUAGACACAGACACAGGAAGUCAACAUGUUGAAUGAAUCUGACGGAAUUUCGCCAAUUUUACUGAAAUGUCAACCACAGGAAAGAUAAGCAACAUUAACGUCAUUGUGUGGUUUAUUUUCGUCAAGACACUAUGUGAUAAGCAGACGAACAAUCCAUGUCACAUAACCAGAUAUCUAUCUGAUCAAAUCAUAUUGUAAACAUUACCUGGUGAUGGUUACUAUGCACAUUUAACCAGGGUCAUUUUGUUGAUGAACAGUACUAGUCAAAUGUUUGGACACCUCAAUUCUUUCAAGGGUUUAUUACAGUGAUGAAGAAAACUGACGACAUCCUUUAAUUUGAUCGCAGCGUUUGAGCUGCCAGGAGUUCCUGCACGUUCUUUUAACAUUGUGUGAGUUGGUUAAUGUCCAUUUCUUUGACUGGUGUUGUUUAAUAUAAUACAUCUCACCUACACAGACCAGAUGGAAAUGUCUGUUUUUGACUACUGACCUCCAGUCUCUACCCUGGAUUUACACCAUUGCCCUCAAUAGUCUAAAUAUAACCAUGAGCUUUUAACAGAUGGAGUCAAGGGUCUAUUGGACACACAUGAAUGAUUUUGGUAUGUUGCUCUCAUCACAGGCGAAUGACUACACUUACAAACGCUUUGUGCAUUCUUUGUAGCACAUUUAAAUAGAGAGAGAAGAAUGAAAAUGUCUUUUGAAGACAGCCAAUGAUAAACAAUAAGAUUCUCGUGAUAUAACGAGGACCUACUGAUGGUCUGUCUGUACUGCUGUUUGCAAAGUCAAACCUGUCCCAUCUACGUUAAAAAUGACUGACAGCCAACAUUCCAAUAGCACUAAUAUGAUGAUGAUGAUGAUGAUGAUGAUGAUGAUGAUGAUGAUGAUGAUGAUGAUGAUGAUGAUGAUGAUGAUGAUGAUAAGAAGGAAGGAAGAUGGAACACUGGGGUUGUGAAAAAGAAGACCUGGCUGCGUUGUCAGCCUCUCGGUGCACAUUCCCAUCAAACAUCACAUGUCAGUAUGCAACAAGCUAAAUUAUUUCUACUGUAACAUAUGUACAUGAUGUUUCUUUUUUUAACUGGUCAAAUAUAAGAAAACUUGGGAAACCUGUUGUAAAAACUUCAUGAACUUUAGCACGGAAAUGCACGUCGAAACCAAAAAAUCACAAAUCCAGAUGAACUGUAAACUGCUAGAAUGCUUUUAAUGCUUGUGUAUUUCCUGAAAUGGGUUUCUCAGAGAAGUGAGGUCACAUUGGCAGAUGAUGGGACAUGUAGGUUAAUGCUGUCAGCUGACCUGUGGUUGGGUUUACGUGUACAUUCAAAGCAUCUCACAGUGAUCACUUCACAGAGCCCUUCAGGUGUGUGUGUGUGUGUGUGUGUGUGAGAGCCACUUGAAGCUUUGUGAUAUCAAAUGUUGUUGAAAUGUAAUGUUUGCAUUCUCUCUGUCCUUUCUCUACUUGUGUCUUUGCUCUGUUUCGUUGAAUCCCGAUGUGUUGAUCUGUACGAUUGCCUCACUGUCUCUUAAAUGUGAUGUCCUCCCUCAACCAAAUCUCUGUGAUCUCUGCCUGGGAGUGACUCUGGCUCAGCACGUUUGUGCAAUGAGUGAAAAAAAUAAAAAUAAAAAGGACACCAAAUAUCUGCAGUGACAUAAAGGUGACGUGGAGUUGACAUCACUGACACUUCCUGCUUUAACUGGAAUUACUGCUACUGUAGUUCACUUUAUGACUACUCUUGACUGACUGCUAUCCUGUGAUUACUACUGUUAAAGGCUACUAGUUUGAUUGAGGAGGCUGAUGUUAUUGCAAAAGCUUUUUGGUAAUAAAGAUUUAUAAACCCAAA